AAAAGAAUAUUUCCACCAUCGAAAAAUGCCCUUUUUUUAGGUUGCACCAUAAAAGUAAGGUUUGAUUAUUGGCAUAUUGGGAAAACUGAUUAUGUUUUCCACUAGCUAAAUAUUCGAUGAAGUAUUAGAUGGGCUUGUCAUUUGUCAAGCAUGAACCUUUAAAAUUACUUCACAAAUUAUAAAAGAAAAUCCACUAAAACUUGAAGCAAGUGAAAAUUUAGCACAAUAAGGUUUGACAUCCAUGGAAGGAAGCACUAAUUAUUACUUGGCAAUGAUACUGGUUCAGCUGAUAUACGGCGGAUCAAACGUCCUCAUGAAACUAUCCCUUCAGGAAGGACUCAAUCAGAUUGUCUUCGUGGUUUACAGGCAUGUUCUUGCCAUGGUUUUGGUAGGACCAUUUGCUUAUAUGCUUGAAAGGAGGCAGAGGCCUUCGUUCUCAUUUUCGAUAGCUGCAAAGAUUUUUGCUCUUGCAUCACUAGGGACUACCAUCCAUCUUAAUAUGUUCUAUGCUGGUUUAGCAUACACUUCUGCAACAGUUGGAUGUGCCUUGAGUAAUGUUAUCCCUGCUUUCACGUUUCUAGUGGCAGUUCUUCUCAGGAUGGAGAAAUUGAACAUUAGAAGCACUCGAGGUCAAGCUAAGGUGGUCGGAACCCUUCUUUGCCUUGGCGGUUCUCUUAUUUUCACCUUCUGGAAAGGAGGAUACCUAUAUAAAGGUUUUCUUGAGAAGCCACUGAUAGAUGGUUUCAACGCUGAGUCUGUUGGCAAGAUUCAGCAUGUCAAAGAAAACUGGAUCAAGGGUUCUGUGCUGAUUCUGACGAGUUACUCUGCAUGGAGUGCAUGGCUAAUCCUCCAGGCUGUGAUCUCCAAAGUCUACCCUGCUCCAUUGUCACUAACCACCAUGGUAUGCUUUUCUGCAUCGCUGCAAUCUUCUUUCCUUGCCCUGUUUUUUGCUAGGAAUCCAAGCUCAUGGAAACUGGAGUGGAACCUUGAGCUGUUAACCAUCGUCUACUUUGGAGUUCUGACCACAGCAUUAGUCUAUUGCCUGCAAACAUGGUGCAUCAGUCACAGGGGACCAGUUUUUUCAGCAAUGUUUAGUCCACUUCAAGCCGUUACAGUGGCAGUGUUUUCGGCAAUUGCUUUCGCGGAGCGACUUCACUUUGGCAGCUUGAUUGGAGCACUUCUCAUUAUUGCCGGCCUUUACUGCGUUCUGUGGGGAAAGAGGAAAGACAGUCUGGUUGCUGAACACGGAGAGAUUGGAAAAAUGACGAUCGACGAUAACAAAGUUGCAGAGAGUUCCAUGAAUGAAAUUUCAGUAACCAACCCGGUCAGUGGAGAAAAGACAAGAUCAUGAAGACAAAUUUCUUUUUUUUCGCCGUUGGAUCAUAAAAAA